AUGGGCGACCUAGAGACUGUUGCAAAUGAGGUGAUCCAGAAGCACCUGAAGGAUCCGUUUGACUAUGAAAAAGUGCACUUCGAAGUUCUCUCCACCAUCAGGUACGACCCUCUGCUGUAUUCCGGAGGCUUGAGCUUACCAGAAGCUCUCGUUUGUUCUCCGCUCGACCAAUCGUUCUUCUUGUUUCUGGGCUACCAUGUUGACAGACUGAACGAGACUGCGGAGUUCUUUGAGCUCCCGGUCCGGAAGUUAGACUCAUCGUUGCUGGUAGCUCAACUGUCUCAGGCACUCUACGAUAAAGAUGUGUACCAAGCCCACAAGAUGCGGUAUCUACUAGGCAAAGCUGGACAGGUUGAAAUACAAGCUAUUCCGAUAGCCACUCCGUUGAACCUGGAUAUCAAUUGUCCUCCGACCUGGACAGUGUACCUGGACUCUGAACCGACAAUAAUCUCUCCAUUUACCUCCUUCAAAUCCACUUACCGCAAUCAUUACGCGGAAGCCCGCAAGCGGAAAAUCCCUCCUGAUGUAGGAAAUGCUGAUGUGCUGCUAUUUAACCACGCGAACCAGAUCACCGAGACAUCGAUCUGCAACAUAGCUGUGCUUCGCAACGAUAAGAAUCCAUUGACAGGCGAGAUCAUUACCAAGUGGACUACACCUCCGCUUUCGUCAGGCUGUCUCUGUGGAGUUACAAGAAGAUACCUGCUGGAGAAGGGCUUGAUAGGCGAAGGGGUGGUCAUGAAAAACAGCAUAAAAGACGGCGAGCAGGUUUUGCUAUUCAACGGCAUCAUGGGUGUAGUCAAAGCCGUGAUUAAAAUCUAA